AUGUCCUGGCAAUUUAAGCUUACCUCCAGUGUACGGGCAUCUCCGUUGCGGGCCCUGACGACCCGGCCGAAUGGUCUCCUACUUCGCCCGACCGCAAUCGGUGCUGCGGGGAGGUUCUCCGCUUGGUCAGAGCCCACUAUGACUCAAACCAGUGUUGCCUACACCAAGCGGACCUUGUCCACCCAGUCGAAGAAAUGCCUGAACGUCGACAACAUCAACCAGCACAUUCGCGCAGCCAAGUACGCCGUGCGGGGUGAGCUGGCGGUCAAGGCUGAGACCUACCGUCAGCGCCUGACUGAUGGUGACAAGUCACUGCCCUUUGACAGCGUCAUCUUUGCGAACAUCGGUAACCCACAGCAACUCGACCAGAAGCCAAUCACCUUCUUCCGUCAAGUCCUCAGUCUCGUCGAGAACCCCUUGCUAUUGGAGAACACGGAGGCACUCAAGACCUCCUUUGGAUACAAGCAGGAUGUGAUUGACCGGGCCAAGGUCUUGCUGGCCAAUGUGCAAAGCGUUGGUGCAUACAGCCACAGUCAGGGCGCUCUGGGAAUCCGGAACAGCGUGGCCAAGUUUAUUGAGGAGCGUGAUGGAUUCCCUGCCAACCCGCAGGACCUAUUCCUGACCGCAGGUGCCUCGUCUGGUGUGAGCACCCUGCUUAGCGUCAUCUGCAAUGAUCCCAAUGCCGGUGUGCUGGUUCCCAUCCCCCAAUACCCACUUUACACUGCUACUCUGUCGCUAUUGAAUGCACACUGCGUGCCUUACUACUUGGAAGAACAGAAGGCUUGGGGUACCAAUGUCAGCGCGAUUAAGCAGUCGAUCAAAGACGCCCGGGCUAAGAACAUUAAUGUGCGCUCCGUCGCAGUGAUCAAUCCCGGUAACCCUACUGGUGCCUCGCUGAGCCCCGAAGAUAUCAAGGGUGUUCUCGACAUCGCCGCCGAGGAGCACCUGGUUGUCAUUGCCGAUGAGGUGUACCAGACCAACGUCUUCACGGGCGAGUUUGUCUCGUUCAAGAAGCGCCUGCGCCAGCUCCAGCAGGAGACUCCUGGCAAGUAUGACGAUGUGGAGCUGGUUUCUAUGCACAGUACCUCCAAGGGCAUGGUUGGCGAGUGCGGCCACCGUGGUGGUUACUUCGAGUUGGUCGGUUUCGAUCCCUUGGUCCAGGAGCAGAUCUACAAGCUCGUCAGUAUUGGUCUGUGUCCGCCGGUCGUUGCACAGUGCCUGCUCGAGACCAUGGUCAACCCCCCUCGCGAGGGUGAGCCCAGCUUCGAGCUAUACCAGAAGGAGUUCAAUGGCAUCCGGGAUGGCUUGCACAAGCGUGCCCUUGCCUUGUACGAUGCCUUCCAGCGUAUGGAGGGAGUUGAGUGCCAGGAGCCUCAGGGUGCUAUGUACCUCUUCCCCACCAUUAAUCUUCCCGCUAAGGCUAUCGAGGCUGCGAAGGCUGAGGGCCGCGCCGCUGACGAGUUCUACUGCCUGGGUAUGCUCGACGCUACUGGUGUGUGCGUUGUCCCCGGCUCCGGCUUCGGCCAAAAGGAAAACACACUUCACUUCCGUACGACAUUCCUUGCACCCGGCACCGACUGGGUCGAGCGCAUCGUGAAAUUCCACUCCGAGUUUUUGGAGAAGUACCGGUAA